AUGCCCCAGAAAUCAACAAACAACUACCGCCUUACACUUCGUGGGCUGGCGAUGAGGUUGUUGGAUAGUGAUUGCCAUAUUGCGAUUUCUGAUAAUGACAGUUGUCUACAGCAUUCGGAGUGCAUGCACCAACAGGAUUAUCUUGCCGUCGCGGCAGAGAGGGAAGACCCACCAGAGGGGCCCCCAGUCUCGAAAGGUGUAUCGUAUAGGGAGCCCCAAGGGGCCCCGGGGUCCAGUGUCUUCUUGUUGCCCGAGUGCUGGGGGCCCCCAGAAAUGGGAGCCCCCCAACGGAGCAGCGGGGACAUAGGAAAAGCUGCGAAGAACAAGAGGCCCCGGACAUCUGCAGCAGCAGCAGCAUCUCCAGCAGCAGCGCCAGGAGCAGCAGCAGCAGCAGCAACAACCACAACGGCAGCAGCAGCCCUAACAUCAACAGCAGCAACACCGGCAACAGCGGCUUCAACGACAGCAUUCGCAGCAGAAUCCAUAUUAGAGCCAUCACCAGGACAUUCAGCAGUCAAAGCAACGAAACGAACAGCAGCAGCAGCAGCAGCAGCAGCAGCGGUUGGGGAUUCCUGCUGCAGCCCUAGUGUCUCUACACCCUCAACAGCUGCAUCGAUUACUCCUCGGCCCCUCCUUCACAAUGGCCGCCUCAUAGACAGCGACACAGAGGCCCCAGGGGCCCCAGGGCCCGCAGGGCUCCCAAGCCCCUCGGCGGGUUCCGCUGCUGCUGCUGAAGUCGUGGCUGACAGCUUCAACAGCAGCAGCAGCAUCAGCAGCAGCGGGAGCAGCAGCAGCGAGGAUACAGGGGAGACGUCUGUUGCCUUGAGGAGCUGGAGAAUAGACAGCUGGCAGGGUCUGCCUGCGGCCCAAGAUCCCUUCUGCUCUGUCUCCUCCCAUCGAGUCGCUGAGGUGUACAGACAGCUGGAGGUGCUGCCUCCCCUCGUGUCAGCAGCAGAAGUACAGAGUCUCCUUGGUGCUCUAUCCCAGGUGCAGCAGGGGCAGGCCUUUCUGCUGCAGGGGGGCCCCUGCGCCGAGCAGUUUUGCUGCUGCAGAGAGGAGACACUUCGCGAUACAGCGGGGCUUCUGCUGCAGCUGGGGGCACUCAUUGAGGCCCUUAUUGAAAUGCCAGUACUCAUCGUGGGGAGAAUAGCAGGCCAGUAUGCCAAACCGCGGACAAACAGCAUGGAGCAGCAUGGAGACAGAGAAGUGCCAGCGUACAAAGGAGACGCCGUGAAUGGGGAGGAGCCUUGCGACAGACGUUGCUGCCACCUUUUGUGUCUACUUCGCUGUCUCCUUGUGCUGCCCUUGUGA